CGCCGUCACAACACUCGUAGUCUUUACUUUGUUUCCACACCACACAAGCAGCAAAAACAGCACAGAACACACAAUGGCAGACGACCUCGAAGCUCUCGACCCGACACUGCAGAACAUCCUCGACCAGAAGUCGCUCAAGUGGAUCUUCUGCGGCGGUAAGGGCGGUGUCGGCAAGACGACGACCUCAUGCUCGCUCGCGAUCCAGCUCGCGGCCGUGCGCGAGUCGGUCCUCCUCAUCUCCACCGACCCCGCGCACAACCUGUCCGACGCGUUCUCCCAAAAGUUCGGCAAGGACGCGACCAAGGUCAACGGGUUUGACAACCUGUACGCGAUGGAGAUCGACCCGAACAGCAGUAUCCAGGAGAUGGUCGAGGCGUCUGAUGCCUCGGGCGGCGGUAUGGGCGGCAUGAUGCAGGACCUGGCGUUUGCGAUCCCCGGUGUUGACGAGGCGAUGGGCUUUGCCGAGGUCAUGAAGCACGUCAAGUCGAUGGAGUUCUCGGUCAUCGUGUUCGACACGGCGCCGACGGGCCACACGCUCCGCUUCCUCUCGUUCCCCUCGGUGCUCGAGAAGGCGCUCGGCAAGCUCAGCCAGCUGUCGGGCCGCUUCGGCCCCAUGCUUCAGCAGAUGUCGUCCAUGUUCGGCGGCGGCGCGCCCCAGGAGGACAUGUUCGCCAAGCUCGAGCAGAUGCGCGAGGUCAUCACCGAGGUCAACACGCAGUUCAAGGAUCCCGACCUUACCACCUUUGUCUGCGUGUGCAUCUCCGAGUUCCUGUCGCUUUACGAGACGGAGCGCCUGAUCCAGGAGCUCACAAAGUACGAGAUUGACACGCACAACAUUGUCGUCAACCAGCUCCUGUUCCCCAAGAAGGGGGACAACUGCCAGCAGUGCGACGUCCGCCACAAGAUGCAGCAAAAGUACCUCAAGGAGGCGUACGACCUGUACGAGGACACGUUCCAUAUUGUCAAGCUGCCGCUGUUGACCGAGGAGGUGCGCGGCGUGGACAAGUUGAAGGAGUUUAGCAAGUGGGCGUCCCGCGUGCAAUGGCACAAGGCGAGCGCGUUCGAGCCGGACACCUAUGCCUCGCUCCUCUCCAAUUCCACCGCCGUCGUCCACACGCUCGGUAUCCUCCUCGAGGGGGGAUACAAGGCGAGUAUAGCGUCUGGCGACGUGCUCGGCCUCGUCGGGGCCAUGGUGCGCAAUGCUAUGGGGUCGGGCGAGGCGAGUAACCCGCUCAAGACGGGCGAGGAGCGGGCCAAGGGCUACGACGCGAUGAACCGGGAUUCGGCCCUCACCGUCCUCGACACGAUGCUCUCCACGCCCACUACCGCCACGCCACCCCGCGCGUUCGUCUACGUCUCGGCCGCGCACUCGUUCCGCCCCGUCGUGCCCCUGCGCUACCUCCAGUCGAAGCGUGAGGCGGAGGCGUCCAUCCUCUCGCGAUGCCAGCACUCGGGCGUCGACCCGAUCAUCGUGCGCCCCGGGCUCAUGUACCACCCGCAUGUGCGUCCCGUGUCGACGCUGCCGGCUUUCGCGCUCAGCCUCACGGCUGGACUGCACGACCGCGUGCGCUUGCCGUUCGACUUUGGCGGGCCAGAGACGCUGCUCGGCGGCACGGCAGAGUCGCUCCGCACCCACCCUAUCCAUGUCGACCACGUCGCCGACGCCAUUGUCCGCGCUAUUGCUGAGGAGCAGCAGGGCGUCAUUGACGUCCAGACUAUGCGCCGCUGGGCUGGGUUCGACGUGCCAGACGAGCCGAGCACGGCAGGCGGGGCGGCGUCGCACUGAGCAAUAGCAGAGACACAACACACUCAUAGAUCCGAUGCACUUCCACAAUUCUAC